AUGGUUGUUCUAGCUGCCUCAAUUACUACGACUAGUGGUAAGCCUCUUUUAUCUAGGCAAUUCAAGGAUCUAUCCAAAGAUCGUGUCUUAGAAUUGUUAUCCAAUUUCCAAAACUUAGUGUCUAACAUUUCUUCUGAUCAUACUUUUGUUGAGGAUAGACACGUGAGAUAUGUUUACAAACCAUUUGAUGAAUUUUAUAUUAUCUUGAUCACCAAUCGUCAAUCAAAUAUUAUUCAAGAUUUGACUACUUUGAAUCUAUUUUCCCAAACUAUCACUACACAUGUUAACAAUUAUGAUGAAUAUGAAAUCUAUGAAAAUGCUUUCGGAAUCUUGAGUUCCUUCGAUGAAAUUAUAUGCAUGGGUUAUAAGGAGAACUUAUCUGCCACUCAAGUUUCUAACUUUUUGUCUAUGGAAUCUCAUGAGGAAAAGAUUCAAGAUAUUAUUGAGCGUAACAAAGAAAUGGAGGCUACUGAAGAAAGAAAACGUCGUGCCAAAGAAAUUGCAAGAAGAGAACAAGAUAGAAAGAAUGGUAUUGUUGGACCAGAUGGUAUGACGCCAGAGAUUGCUAAAUUUUCCGGUAGUAAUGAUCCAAAUGUUAAAAACGCAUUCAACAGUUACUACACCCAUGCUUCCGCCACGGCUUCUCAAGCUUAUGCCAAAGAGUCCGAGCAUUUGUAUACUGUUCCUUCCAGAUACGGUAAUGGAACAUCUUAUAACACCAACAGGAAGAAGGAAGUUGAAGCAAUGGGUCAUUCCAAAGUGGCCGGUUCCAGUUCAAACUUCAAACCAGGCGGAAGCAAAGCUUCUUUCUUCAGCAAUGAAGAAGAGUCAAAACCAACUAAUAAUGGUAUACUGCUUUCAGUGAAUGAAACAAUAAAUGCAUCUUUCAAUCGUGAUGGUUCCAUCGAAUCAUCUGAAUUGAAAGGUGUCUUCGAGAUUCGUGUCAACGAUUCUUCUUACGCUGAUUCGGUAAUUAAACUGUCUGAUUCUGUUGACGUUAAGGAUCGUUCGCUCCAAUUCAAAACACAUCCAAACAUUAACAAGGCUCAAUUCUUAAAUGAAAAGACUAUCGCCUUAAAGGACAGCUCAAAAUCAUUCCCACACAACGAUCAAAGUCUCGGUGUCCUAAGAUGGAGAAAAGUCGGAAAGGCCGACGACACUUCUCUUGUACCAUUAGAGUUAGCCACCUGGGUUACACCAAACUCAACAGGUUCAUCGUUUGAUGUUACUAUUGAAUUCGAAGUUAACCAAGAUUUCCAAGAUAUUAAGAUUGAAAACCUAGGGUUUUUCGUUCCUAUUCCAACAUCUUCUAUUAAAAUAAACGAAGAUAACAACGAUUUCGAUGCAUCGGUAGUGGAUAUUAAUGAUGAAGUUGGUAUUGUUUUAAAAAUCGGUUCCCCAUUGGAAUCAGGUCAAACUGGUUCAGUUAGUUUCACCAUCGAGAGUGAGGCAGAAGAAGCAUUAUUCCCAAUUGAUACAUCGUUCAUUGUUAAGGAUACUUCAAUUAGCGGUGUUAACAUAGAAUACAUUGCAAACCGUGAAGAUACUGCUGAUGUAUACCCUUACGACCUAAUAAUGAGUCUCAGUAGCGAUGAAUACAAUAUUGUGUAA